AUGGCGCUCCUGCCUCGUGUAGACGGGGCUGUGGAUGCUGAUUCUCCAGCUUAUCUCACAACAUGGCUCCCAAACGCCCCGUCUUCGCUCUCAUCCCUCACAAAGAAACUGAGACCUCCUCCUGCCCCCAAGCCAGAGAAGAAGCCAACCUCUCAGGACUUGCCAAAGGAAGAAAAAGAACAGCAAGAAGCAGUUGAACAUAUUGAUGAAGUACAAAAUGAAAUAGACAGACUUAAUGAACAAGCCAGUGAGGAGAUUUUGAAAGUAGAACAGAAAUCAAACAAACUCCACCAACCAUUUUUUCAGAAGAGGUCAGAAUUGAUCACCAAAAUCCCAAAUUUGGGGGUAACAACAUUUGUGAACCAUCCACAAGUGUCUACACUGCUUGGGGAGGGGGAUGAAGAGGCACUGCAUUAUUUGACAAGAGUUGAAGUAACAGAAUUUGAAGAUAUUAAAUCAGGUUACAGAAUAGAAUUUUAUUUUCAUGAAAAUCCUUACUUCAAAAAUAAAGUUCUCUCCAAAGAAUUUCAUCAAAAUGAGAGUGAUGAUCCAUCGUCAAAAUCCACUGAAAUCAAAUGGAAAUCUAGAAAGGAUUUGAUGAAACGUUCAAGUCAAACACAGAAUAAAGCCAGCAGGAAGAGGCAGCAUGAGGAACCAGAGAGCUUUUUUACCUGGUUUACUGACCAUUCUGAUGCAGGUGCUGAUGAGUUAGGAUAAGUCAUCAUAGAUGAUAUCUGGCCAAAUCUGUUACAGUACUACUUGGUCCCUGAUAUGGAUGAUGAAGAAGGGGAAGUGUUAGAAGAUAUUGAUGAAGAAGGGGAUGAGGAUGAAGGUGAAGAAGAUGAAGAUGAUGAUGAGGAGGAGGAAGGAGAGGAAGAUGAAGGAGAAGAUGACUAAUGGAACACUGAUGGAUUCCAAUCUUCUUUUUUAAUUUUCUCCAGUCCCUGGGAGCAAGUUGCAGCCUUUUUUU